GAAGUGAUUGUGUGAAUGAGGUAUAAGAAGUUCAACCACAUUUUGAGCAACCUUGGAGAGAGCGAAGGAGGUAUUGAUAAGUUUUCCAGAGGCUAUGAGUCAUUCGGCGUUCACAGAUGUGCUGAUGGCGGCUUGUACUGCAAAGAAUGGGCCCCGGGAGCAGAAGGCGUGUUUCUUACUGGAGAGUUCAGUGGCUGGAACCCGUUUUCAUAUCCUUAUAAAAAACUGGAUUAUGGAAAAUGGGAGCUGUAUAUCCCACCAAAACAGAAUAAAUUUGUCAUGGUACCACAUGGAUCUAAGUUAAAGGUAGUUAUUACUAGUAAAAGUGGAGAGAUCUUGUACCGUAUUUCACCAUGGGCGAAGUAUGUGGUUCGUGAAGGUAGUAAUGUGAAUUAUGAUUGGAUACACUGGGAUCCCGAACACCCAUAUAAAUUUAAGCAUUCCAGACCAAAGAAGCCAAGAAGCCUGAGAAUUUAUGAAUCUCAUGUGGGAAUUUCUUCCCAUGAAGGAAAAAUAGCCUCUUACAAACAUUUUACAUGCAAUGUACUACCAAGAAUCAAAGACCUUGGAUACAACUGCAUUCAGUUGAUGGCCGUCAUGGAGCAUGCUUACUAUGCCAGCUUUGGGUACCAAGUCACAAGCUUUUUUGCAGCAUCAAGUCGCUAUGGAACCCCUGAAGAACUAAAAGAACUUGUUGACACAGCUCAUUCACUGGGUAUCACAGUCCUCUUAGAUGUGGUACACAGUCAUGCUUCCAAAAAUGCAGAGGACGGAUUGAAUAUGUUUGAUGGGACCGAUUCCUGUUAUUUCCAUUCUGGUCCUAGAGGGACUCAUGAGCUUUGGGAUAGUAAACUGUUUGCCUACUCCAGGUUGCUACUUAAAGAAUUUAAGGAUGAAGAUUGGAACAUGGGCAAUGUGGUAUAUACUCUGACAAAUAGACGCCAUCUUGAAAAGUGUAUUGCUUAUGCAGAGAGCCAUGACCAGGCGCUGGUUGGUGAUAAGACAUUGGCAUUUUGGCUGAUGGAUGCUGAAAUGUACACAAACAUGAGUGUCCUAGCUCCUUUUACUCCAGUUAUUGAUCGCGGAAUACAGCUUCAUAAAAUGAUUCGCCUCAUUACUCAUGCGCUUGGUGGAGAAGGCUAUCUCAAUUUCAUGGGUAAUGAAUUUGGGCACCCCGAAUGGUUAGACUUCCCAAGAAAAGGAAACAACGAGAGCUACCAUUACGCCAGAAGGCAGUUUCAUUUAACUGAUGAUGACCUUCUUCGAUAUAAACUCCUAAAUAACUUUGACAGGGAUAUGAAUAGAUUGGAGGAAAGAUGCGGCUGGCUAUCAGCCCCACAGGCCUAUGUAAGUGAAAAACAUGAAGACAAUAAGAUCAUCGCUUUUGAGAGAGCAAAUCUUCUUUUUAUUUUCAACUUCCAUCCAAGCAAGAGCUUCACUGAUUACAGAGUUGGAACAGCAUUGCCAGGAAAAUUCAAAAUUGUGCUAGACUCGGAUGCAGCAGAGUACGGAGGUCACCAGAGGCUGGACCACAGUACAGAGUUCUUUUCUGAGCCCUUUGAGCAUAAUGGGCGUCACUAUUCUCUUUUGGUGUACAUUCCAAGCCGCGUGGCUCUCAUCCUGCAGAAUGUGGACCUGCCAAGCUGAAGAGAACUGAUUUCUCCCCUCUACAUGCAGAUUGGAGUUUUCUUUGCUGGCUUGAAUUGUCACAGAGUUUAUAACAUGUAAGCAGGUACCUAGCCAAAGUGUCCGACUGAAAUUCAACAUUGUACAUGCAACGGUAUCAAGCUUUUCUUUAAGUAGUGAAAAUGGUAUGUUUAAAUUUGGCGCAUCUAUUUUCCCAAGCCAUCUGAGCAGCUAGCGUUUUCAAAUCAAACGUAUGUCUUAAAAACAUUUUACUUUCCUAUGUAGUCACUUAAUCCUUUUAAUUUCAAAUUUGAAUUAUGUGUCAUACAUAAUUAUGUCUGUUGAAUGUAUAGUGCAUUUUCAGGGUGGAUAGUGGAUGGCCUUAUUUGUAUCUGUUUGUCUAAAUUAUAAGUUGCCAAAUUUCUCUGUUUCAUUCAAAUUGUGUUUAGAAAUAUUGUAUUAAAUAUAUAGCAGACAUAAUGUAAAAUUUAGAAUUGUAUCAAAGGUAACAAAGUCUGUGUCUGAACUUAUCUAUGCUUCAUUUUGCAUUAAGGCUUUAUCUUAUGAUCUUCUCAUAUACUAUUUUGGAAGAUGGCAAUGUAUCAGUUCUCUGAAGACUUGGAGUAGUAAUUAUAGCAUAUCAAGCUGUCUUUUGCUUUCAAUCAAUUAAAAAAAAACUU